GUAGUCAUUUUUUGGAGAGAUUGGUCAGUACCAACAAUGUAUCAUCAUUCCUUAUCUGAAACUAGACAUCCUCUGCAGCCAGAAGAGCAAGAAGUUGGCAUUGACCCCUUGUCGAGUUACUCCAAGUCUGGAGGUGAUGCAAAUAAAAAUGGAAGAAGAACAAGUUCUACUUUAGACUCUGAUGGGACUUUUAACUCCUAUAGGAAAGAAUGGGAAGAACUAUUUGUAAACAGCAAUUACUUGGCAACUAUAAGGCUGAAGGGGAUUAAUGGGCAGCUGAGAAGCAGCAGGUUCCGCAGUAUUUGCUGGAAGCUUUUUCUUUGUGUUCUUCCUCAAGAUAAAAGUCAGUGGAUAAGUAGAAUUAAAGAAUUGAGAGCAUGGUAUAGCAGCGUUAAAGAAAUCCAUAUCACAAACCCAAGGAAGGUCGUUGGCCAGCAAGACUUGAUGAUCAAUAAUCCCCUUUCACAGGAUGAAGGGAGUCUUUGGAACAAAUUCUUCCAAGAUAAAGAACUCCGAUCAAUGAUUGAACAAGAUGUCAAAAGAACGUUUCCUGAAAUGCAAUUUUUUCAACAAGAAAAUGUGAGAAAAAUUCUUACAGAUGUUCUUUUCUGUUAUGCCAGAGAAAACGAGCAGUUGCUUUAUAAACAGGGCAUGCACGAGCUGUUGGCACCUAUAGUCUUCAUCCUCCACUGUGACCACCAGGCUUUCCUACAUGCUAGUGAAUCUGCUCAACCCAGUGAGGAAAUGAAAACUCUCUUGAACCCUGAGUUUCUGGAACAUGAUGCCUAUGCAAUGUUUUCACAACUUAUGGAAACUGCUGAACCGUGGUUUUCUACUUUUGAGCAUGAUGGUCAAAAGGGGAAAGAAACACUGAUGACCCCCAUCCCCUUUGCUAGGCCACAAGAUUUAGGGCCAACAAUUGCUAUUGUUACUAAAGUUAACCAGAUCCAGGAUCAUCUACUGAAGAAGCAUGAUAUUGAGCUUUAUAUGCACUUGAACAGACUAGAAAUUGCACCACAAAUAUAUGGGUUACGGUGGGUGCGGCUGCUAUUUGGACGAGAAUUUCCUCUGCAGGAUCUCCUGGUGGUCUGGGAUGCCUUGUUUGCAGAUGGCCUCAGCCUGAGUUUAGUAGAUUAUAUCUUCAUAGCCAUGUUACUCUACAUCCGAGAUGCUUUGAUUUCUAGUAACUACCAGACCUGCCUUGGCCUUCUGAUGCAUUAUCCACCCAUUGGGGAUGUACACUCACUGAUUCUUAAGGCUCUGUUCCUUCGAGACCCAAAGAAAAAUCCAAGACCAGUGACUUAUCAGUUCCAUCAAAAUUUGGAUUAUUACAAAGCACGUGGAGCAGACCUCAUGAAUAAAAGCCGGACCAACGCCAAAGGCGCUCCCCUGAAUAUAAAUAAGGUCUCUAACAGCCUGAUUAAUUUUGGAAGGAAGUUGAUUUCCCCAGCAAUGGCCCCAGGCAGUGCGGGUGGCCCGGUACUUGGGGGCAAUAGCAGCAGCUCCUCCACAGCUGGGCUUCCCACCAGGACCUCAGCAGAGGCCCCAAGGCAUCAUCUGCAGCAGCAGCAGCAGCAGCAGCAGAGGCUGAUGAAGUCAGAAAGCAUGCCAGUGCAAUUGAACAAAGGACAAAGUUCUAAAAACAUCACUUCAUCUCCAAGCAUUGAGAGUUUGCCUGGAGGAAAAGAAUUCACUGGCUCCCCACCUUUGUCUGCUACUAAAAAAGAUUCCUUUUUUAGCAACAUCUCCCGUUCCCGCUCACACAGCAAAACCAUGGGCAGAAAAGAAUCUGAAGAAGACUUAGAAGCUCAAAUCUCCUUCCUUCAAGGACAGCUGAAUGACCUGGAUGCCAUGUGCAAAUACUGUGCAAAGGUGAUGAACACUCAUCUUGUAAAUAUUCAAGAUGUGAUAUUACAAGAAAAUUUGGAAAAAGAAGAUCAAAUCCUGGUUUCCCUGGCAGGAUUAAAACAAAUCAAAGACAUUCUAAAAGGUUCCCUGCGUUUCAACCAGAGCCAGCUGGAGGCUGAGGAGAAUGAGCAGAUCACCAUCGCCGAUGACCACUACUGCUCCAGUCAGGGCCAGGGUGACCCGGGGCCCGGGGCCGCCAAGCAGAUCUCCUCAGAAAUGCCAGGGCACUCUGAUGGAGGGAGUUCAGAUGACUUCAUCCUGGUCUCCAAAGAAGAUGACAGUGGCAGUGGCAGUGCCAGGGGGAACUUCUCGGGCCAGGCCCAGCCUCUUCGCACCCUCAGAAGCACAUCUAGGAAAAGUGAGGCUUUGGCCCGCUCCCCUCUUGUGUUCUCUGACCCCCUGAUGGGCCCAGCCUCCGCUUCCUCCAGCAACCCAAGUUCCAGCCCUGAUGAUGACAGCAGCAACCACAGUAAGGACUCAGGCUUCACCAUAGUGAGCCCCCUGGACAUCUGA